UUUCCAUAUAGGUUGCGGCCAAAGGAGGCUUGUAUUGGUAGUUGACAAAUGACGGCUGUAAACAACCUCCGGUGAAGCUCAGGCACUUUGAGGAACACCAAACCGUGAAAGCUAGGCGAAGAAUAAAACGAGGAAACCAAAAUAAGCCCCACAUUACAAAUGGUGAGGAGUAAAGCCUUGGCCCGCUGUGGGCUUGUUCUGCUGAGUUUGUGGCUGUGUAUCCAGUCAGUGCCUAUCAGUGUGGACAAGACCAAAGAAAAGCCUAAAGAGGAGGAACUGGAGCCACCCGAGAGUACUGACACUGGGCUGCACUACGACCGCUACCUCAGGGAGGUCAUUGAGUAUCUUGAGAAGGAUCCCCACUUUAGAGAAAAGCUCAAAAAUGCCAAUAUGGAUGACAUCAAGCAAGGCAAACUUUCCAAAGAGCUGAACUUUGUCCAGCACAAUUUUCGGACCAAGCUGGAUGAGCUAAAGAGAGAGGAGAUGAACAGGCUGCGGAUGCUUAUAAAAGCUAAACACGACGUCCAAGAAGGGAAUGUCCAAACAGUGGACCACCAAGCCCUGCUGAAACAGUUUGAGCACCUGAACCACCUGAAUCCACACACUUUUGAGGUGGAUGACCUGGACCGCCUCAUCAGAUCGGCGACUAACGACCUGGAGAACUUUGACAAGGAACGCCAUGAUGAGUUCAAGAGAUACGAGAUGAUGAAGGAGCACGAGCGGAGGGAACGCCUGAAGAACUUGAGCGAGGAGGAUCGCAAGAGGGAAGAGCAGCACUACGAGGAGAUGAAGCAGAAACACGCCAACCAUCCUAAAGUUAACCACCCAGGCAGUGAGGACCAGCUGAAAGAGGUAUGGCAGGAGGCAGAUGGUUUGGACCCACAAGAUUUUGAUCCCAAAACCUUCUUCAAAAUGCACGACAGCAACGGAGACGGCUUCUUUGAUGAGAGCGAGCUUGAAGCGCUCUUUACUAAAGAGCUGGAGAAGGUUUACAACCCGGAAAAUGAAGAGGAUGACAUGGUUGAGAUGGAGGAAGAGAGACUGCGAAUGAGAGAGCACGUUAUGAACGAGGUGGACACCAAUAAAGACAGACUUGUAUCACUGAGUGAGUUCAUAGCAGCCACAAAGAAGGCUGAGUUUCAUGAAAAAGAUCAAUGGGAGACUUUAGAUCAGAACCCACUGUACACUGAAGAGGAGCUGAAAGAGUUUGAACAGCAUCUUGCCAACGAGGAGAAUGACAUCAACCAGAAGUCAGCUGAGUUACAGAAACAGAGGGAGGAACUUGAAAGAAAACAGGAAGUACUUAAUGCUCAGAAGCUGGGGCUAAAACAGGCAAUGGAAGAAAUGGAAAGGGUUAAAAUCCAAAGCUUAAAUGCUGAUGGAAAACAGCCUGCAGCUCAUCUAGUUCCCGGUGAACAUGCACCAGUUAUACCAGGAAACAAUCAACCACCUCCCCCUGGUCACCAGCAGCAAGAUGUACCAGUGUCUGGACACUCUUAGCAGGCCUCACCACUCUGUGUGCAAUAUGAGUGAGCAUGCAUGUGUGUUUGUGUUUUAAUGAUUCCACUUUUGGGGUUAUUGUUUAAGAUUGUUUAGGCAACACAUAGGAAAAAAAAAUAAAUCUCAAUGCCAGUGCCAAUGAUGCCCUUCCUUCUGCUGGCUAAACCAGCUGAAUGAGCCAGACUUCAAAUGUGGAGCUGCUCCAGUUUUCUAUGUGGACAAUCAACCCUUUUGUUUUUUGUGAUUUUGAUCUCAUAUCACAACGAGGACUCUGUUCUCCACGGGAAAUUCUUUGCAGUGAAACGGGGAGGGCGGCUGGCCUGAGAACUGAAUGUUUAGUUUUGUGCACACUGUAGUUUAUUGCCACUUUCUCCUGAAGGAAAUACUUUGAAAAUUUAUUUAUUUUUAUGGUAAAGUGUGAAUUAUUUUGGAAAAAUAAAUGCCAGAAAAGUAAGAUUCAAGCCGAAAUGAAGUUUUAUACUCAGAAAAAAUGGGUUUCCUUCAAUAUGUUUUCAGACUGUUUUGUUCUCUGGAUCAGACAGAUGCGGAAUAGAAUUAACAGAUGAAGUUAUAUGAAAUAUAUAUUUAAAUGUUAUAAUUUUUAAUAACUGUGUUGGUGAUGGUGACAAUUGUAUGAAUUCUGAAGUGGCUGUGUGUAUGUCAGUGCUCAGGAGUGUCUGAAUUUGUGUUUAUUUAUUCUCAAAUCCCUGAAAGUGAACCUGCAGUAGGUUGAAAAUUGCCCUGUAAAAAUAAAAUUAAACUACAAAAGGAAGCACAGGAUAAAAGAAAAACACCAACAUGUUUUUCAUUACAGACUAAUAUGAGAGUAAAGAUGGACAAAAAAAUGGGUCAUGCUUUGAGGAGUUGAAUUAAAAUAUACUGGUUAUUUUAUUUUCUUAUGUUUCUUGUAAAAAUAACAACCUUUCUGGACCCUGGUAUAUGUGCUGAACAGUUAAUUUUUUUGUUUAUCUGAAUUUUACAAAAACGCACUUACAUGUCCAAUCAAUGUCCUGUAUGGAAAAAAAAUAUGGAAAUGAUGUACAAGGUUCGAAUGUCUAAAAUGAAGGUGAAUGCACUUGCAAA